GCUAAAAGUGACAUUUAUUUUCUCAAGCCGCUUUUGCAUGGUGGUAAACAAAAAAUUUAUCCACGAAAUUCAUUUAAUUAAAUUAUUAUUUAAUGCCUAAAAUAUGUCGGCAGGAUCAGUGGAUUUAAGCUCAUACCGCGAUCAACAUUUCAAGGGCUCACGCUCCGAACAAGAGCGGUCACUCCGCGAUUCUUGUACAUUAUAUGUGGGAAAUCUAUCAUUUUACACAACCGAGGAACAAAUUCAUGAAUUAUUUUCCCGGUGUGGCGAAGUGCGGCGCAUUGUGAUGGGUUUAGAUAAAUACAAGAAAACACCUUGUGGAUUUUGUUUCGUCGAAUACUAUAUUCGCCCGGACGCAGAAAUGGCAAUGAGAUAUGUAAAUGGUACAAGAUUGGAUGAUCGUCUUAUACGUGUCGACUGGGAUGCAGGCUUCAUUGAAGGACGACAGUAUGGCCGUGGAAAAACUGGCGGGCAAGUGCGUGAUGAAUAUCGCACAGACUAUGAUGCAGGACGAGGAGGUUAUGGCAAGCUACUUCAACAAAAAAUUGCUCCUAACACAGACAACCGUUAAUUAUCCAAUUUUUUAUAUACAGAUGUAUUUUUAAGUUUAGGAUUUAUACAUAAAUAUAUAAUCUUGAAAAAUAUGAAA